UAUUAAUCCUCCCUCCGUCUUUGACCUUUCUUUUCUCUCUCCGUGAAGGAGGUCUUGCCAGGGCCAGCCAUGGAGGAAGAACAACCAUCAUCUUCAUCUUCACCGUUGGCGACGGUGGCCAAGAAACCAAACUCACGUCUCCCGGUUGUCCAAGAUAGCUAUCUGGGAAAGCAUCGGAUGGCAGCGGCUAUAACCCGUUUGGAGCAUCAAAUUCAGAUUAUCCAGAAAGAGUUACAAGAGCUUGACACGAUGGAUCCAUCCUCUACUUCUUGUAAAGAGGUCAUUUCAAGUGUUGAAAAUGUACCUGAUGCCCUCCUUCCUAUCACAAGAGGUCCGAUUGAUACUAGUUGGGAUCGGUGGUUUCGAGGAACACACAACUCUCGAAGUCAUAAACGAUGGAUUUAAACGAUUAAUUUCUUUUAUUCGUUAUCUAUUAUGGAGAAUGGUGUUAUAAUUUUUGAACAUCUUUUCUUAUGCACAUUAUUUAUUUUAUUGUGUUUCAA